GGGGAUUGUAUUUUGUACACCAGGCGCGUCCUCCGGCUGGCUGCUUCCUCCCUGGGCUGAGGGAGGGCAGCCUGGCCAGCACCAGGCAGGUUACUUUAGGGACCAAGGCGAAGUGAGGCGCCUUCCUCAUCCUGCAGUGGGAUCUGGGAGGGAAUGAGGAAUAGGGCUCACUUCUGACUCGGGCAGCCCGGCUUGCCGGGGGCUCAGGAAGAGCUGGAGCUGGUGGCCAGUGAGCUGAGUCCUGAGAAUGAAAAUGUAUUUUCUCGAAUGUGCUGUGGAUUUUCCUGGAGCUUGGGAGGUGCUGAACUGGGCCCUGAAGUCGUGGUUCUAGGCAGAGGAAAAUGUGAAUUGUCCCCAGACAGGGGGACCCCUGUAGUCAUAGGCCAACCUCCUCAUUUUACAGAGAAGUCACGUUGGCGGAAGUCAAGGGUUCCUGGAGGGUCUCGGUAAGCAACGUGAGCCGCACCGGGGGUCUUCCUGGCUGUACAUUGACUUCCUAGUGUACCAACCGAGGCUCCAACAAGUUGUCUUUCCUUCGUUCAGCUAAAAACAUUAUAAAUAUCCGGGUAGGCAUUGGAGCAAAACUGAAAAUGCAGAUAAGCAAACCAGAAGUCUGCCAAGUCCACAUUACAAGAGCCCAGGUUUGGUCGUAACUGAGAUGAGGUGCGGCCCUGCCCCAAGGUCCCUGCACCUGACCCGCAGACACCUGCUCCCCUCCUGGGAGAGACAGGGCCCGGGUGAGCCAGGCCUGCAGCUGGUGUAGGUGUCAGGGUGGCACCACUGGGCCCUCGCCAGUGCCCUGCUCAUAAACUGGGCCCGCCCUCCAAGCCACACCUGGUCACCUGGGCUGCAGGGAGAGGGCGGGAGGAAUACCGAGGAUGCCUUCUCCCUGCCCGCGCAUCCUCCCUCCUGGAUGGGGAGCUGGAAGGCUGAGCCCGGCACCCACGCCCAUCACCCCCACUUAGGCAGCGGUGAGGGGAUGAAUCACCUGUGGAGCUUGUUAGCCACUCGGCGCCCAGGUCCACUGCACAGAGUAGCUGCGAGCGAGGCCCAGGCAUGGUAUUUAUUUAAACUCCCAGGUGGUUCCAUUGGGCAGCUGGGAAUGAGAGCGGCUGCCUCAGGGACCGGGUGGUAUCCAAGGUCUCUGAGCCUCAGUUUAGCAUCUGGAAACGAUUCCGAUGCCCCUCCCCCGCCCCCACUUUAGGAAGGUUUGAGAAGCUGAGUCAGCGCGAGAGAGGGAGAGUAAGAAGAGUGAAGAUAAUUGAGGGCUUUGAUAAUAGUCUUCAGUCCUCUAAUUCGUCUUGGGGAUAAGAGGUAACAGGUGCUCCCCUUCUUGCCAAGGUACUUUGGGUCUGCCAACAGUCCCCGAAAGACGGUCAGAGGGAGGGCUGGCCAAAUAGCUGGACGAGUGAGCUCUACCCCCAGCCCCCUGUCUGCCCAUUCCCCCUCCUUACACUGCGGCAGGGAGCCCCAGUACAUGGGAUCUGGGGCCCUCCCCUGCCCCCUUUAUCUGUUCAUCAGUUCGUGGUGUUAAAGGUCAAAAACAUUGUUCUGAACGAGCCCAAACUCUAAAUAUAUUUGCCUGAAAAGUGCCUGCGUUAGGUUUACUAAUCUCCACUUCGGUCUGUUCUGUUCAGAAGCGCCCCCAGCUCCCUUGGCCCCCUACCCUGAGGAGGUUCUUUGUUAGAUAACAGAUGGACGUGCAGACAGAUGUGGACACACAGGAAGGAAGAGCCCAGCCCAGAGCAGGGGGCGGAUGGGCAUUCGGCUGCCUUGUGAAGCUGGGGGCAGCUUGGCGGGGGCUUCAGGACUGGGGUUCAGAGAGGCCUGGCCUCGGCCUUACCUGGGGAACGCAGCGUGAGGAUCAGCGUGUGGCCUUGCUCCCUCCGCAGCCGGCCUGCCUUGCUUGGCUGUGCGGGAAACCGGCCAGGGUGGCGGGGAGCCUCUGGCGGGCAGAGGUCCGGAGAGAUGGGCCUUCUGACGGAUGGGGUGGCACAUCCUGGGUGUGCCUCUGCCAACUCAGGGGGAGCCUUAACACACACCCCGCCCCCCAGGUCCCCCGACUUGCUGUCCGGGGGCCCAGGGCACCUACCUGCUAGCCUCGGUGUCCCUGUUCUCACCCAGGCUUGUCCUGCAGGUGCAGAGAAGUAAACCCCUCGACCUUUGAUUUACCUUUGGGGACAAGCGGUCUUCCCCCCGGGGUGUCGGGUCACCACUGGGUCUGGUUUCCUCAUGACACUGACUGCAGGUGCGUUCAGUCAGCGCUUCCAGUGUCCUAGGUGCUUUUCGUGUUUGGGGAAGGUGCUCUUUUUGGCAGAUGGAGGAACUAAGGCUGAUGGGCCGUCAUUUACCCAGAGGCUCGGUGCCAGCAUUUGAGAGAGGACCGCCGCCCGCCCAGGUCACGCCCAGGGCAGCCCCACGUUUCCAUGAUCUUCUCCCAGGACAGGGCCAGGUCUGGUUCGAGAGACAGGCCUGUCGCCCCCCUUUUAUUCCUUUCCCUGUUCUCCACACGUCCACAGCCCCCUAGGAGAGUUUCCGGAGGGGGCAGGCCUCCCCUUCCUGCAGGAAGGACAGUCCCUCCAGUCACCCCAGGGACUCUCCCAGCCCCACUGACACCUGCUCUGCCCUCUUGGACGAGGGGGCUUUUGUUUGCCUCCCUCACCUCACCUCUUCCCAGCCCCCGACCCCCAGGACCUUCAGCCCCCCUGCCCUCUAUUCUUGCAGCCUGCUGACCUCACCCUUCCCUCCCCCCCGACAUGUUGGAUGCCCUGCAUUCACCCCCUGACCCCGCCAGCCACACUCUUACAGGGGUCUGACUGUGCUUCCUGCCCUCUUGCUGGAUAAGCCCUGCCCCUUGUUGCUGAUGAAUUUGUUAAAUCCACCUGCAGGAUAAUGCUAGGAAGGUGUUGAAGGAAGGACGUGAGAGGGUGAGUCAGUCGAGGUCAGAGAAGAUAUCCUCAUUCAUUCAAGUUUGUUUACUCCUUUAACAAAUGUUUGUUGAGCACCUACUAUGUGCCAGGCAGUGUCCUCGGCUCUGGGGAUACCGCAGAUAAAAGUCCUGCCCUCAUGGAGCUUACCUUCUGGGGGGUGGUCUCUGCAUUCCCAUGGAUGUUUCCCUUGCGUUUGCCUGGUUGUGUUCUAGAGACCCGGCUUCACUUCUGUAGCUGAGAAACCCACCCUGCACCCCCUGUCCCCUCUCCCCAGCUGUGGACAGCACAGGGGUUACGAGCCAGACUGCCUGGGUUCACGCUCCGGCUCCACCACUGCCUAGCAAGUUACUUAGUUAGCCUCUGUGCCUCAUUUUCCUCAGCUGUAAAUGGAGGUGAGAGUACCUACAUGACAGGGCUAUAAAGACUCAACAAGCCGAGUAAUUUAAAGUGCUGUGAUUGUGCCUGUCAUAAAAUAGUGCUCAGAUAUCAGCUGCUAUUCAAAUAGGAGCUCUCAUCUAUGAAAGGAGGAGGACUCCACCAUGCCCUGCCCACCUCCCAAGGUGGCUGGGAGGGCCAGGUGAGAGGGACAUUAAAGGUUCUUCCUACUCCGCCAGGCACCGUGCACACAUGACAUUAGUCUCAUUCCCCUUCCAGGCCGGAGGGACCAAGUGAGUGGAGGCGGAAUGAAUUAGGGAUGGAUACAGCCAAGGAUGGUGAGGGGCGUCCGCUUGUGUACCUUGACGCAGCGCGGAUCCAGUGGAGGCUGGCAUCCAGGGCAUCCUGGAGGCCGAUCCUACAUGGCAGGAAGGGGCCCCUGCGACCUGAGCGUGAGGUCUGCCGCGGGAGCUGGAGGCAGGCAGGGCGGCGGCCCUGUGGGUGCCCCUAGCUGCUGUCCGCAGGCAGGGCGGCGGCCCUGUGGGUGCCCCUAGCUGCUGUCCGCAGGCAGGCUGCCACCUGGACUUGUUUUCCCCACUGGCCUGAUGAAGGCAAAGGCCCGACCUCAGCCCCGCUGCCCGUAUCUGCAGGUGGGCACCAGGUACGGGAUGUGCCCUCCCUGCAACUCUGCAGAAUGAAUCUCCAGGAUGGGGAGGCCCGGCACUGCCUCUGCACAGGAAACCCCGGACCCCUGGGGGAUGAGGCGCCGUGGGGAACCCAGAUUGCAUGGACAGCGAGAUUCUGGGAGGGUGGUGUCUGGGGCAGCACAUUGCCUGAGCCACAGGCAGGGGCGGGAAUAUCUCCUCCCGGAGGGCUCAGGUCUGAGUGGAUGGGCUGGUUUUAGGGCACUGUUCUUCCAGGUGGUGCGAAGGGGUGGAGGUAUGCACUGGCCUCCUUCCUGUGGCCUGUGUGGGACAAGGGUCGGGUACCAGCGGCCAGGGCCCAGAUGAGGCAGGCUCUACUCCUGGCUUCCUUGCUUUUAGCAUCCCGACCUUAGGCUACUUUCUUAACUUCUCAGCCUUAAGUCCUCGUUUGCAAAAUGGAAAAGAUGAUGGUGUCUUCCCAGCAGGAUUCUUUCCUCCUUAAAGAUGAGCUGAAGGCACCUGAAGUGCUCAGCGCAUUUGGCGCACAGUCACCUCUCAGUAAAUCACAGCUGCUUUAUUACGAGGGUGACGGGCGGGGAGGAGAGCUCUAUUCCAUCCUCAAACCAGAGCCGGGCCUGGGCUGUGUGCGGCAUCCCCCUCUCCCAUCACUCUCUAGGGAUAUGUGGAAAAUGAAGAUAUUGUCUUGUGUGAAUUUGGAAGCCAAGUUAAAGAAUCCUGUGAGUGAACAGGGGCCGUCUCCUGAGAAAGCUGUUUCCCUAACCCCGGGGGACGGGAUGCUGUGUCCAGUGGCUCCCCCUCACCCAGGGAUGGCCUCAGUCCUGGGUCGAGCCCCUCUCUUCUGGGGGACCUCUCCACCGGCCAGUGGGACCCUGACCGUAACCAGUGAGCUGUUCCGACUGAAGCCACAGCAACACGGGGUGGGAGCAGGGAGCAGGCAGCCCAAGUUCACAUCCGGACCUCUGCUCCCCAAGCCUAGCUUUCCUCCUCUGUCAAGUGAUGCCUGGCAGAAUCGCAGGAAGAGCCCGUCAGGGAACAUAUAGAAAAGCCCCAACAAGAGGCGUCUGACGCACAGCAGCACUGAAAUCCUGCCUGUCUCCCCAGCAUUGGGAUGGAGCCAGGCUGAUUCCCAGGCCAGCUGCUUGGGACCCGUGGGCAGAGAGAAGGCAACAACAGGGGUGCUGGGGGCGUCCAGGGACAGGGAGAGCAGUGAAGGGAGAGAGGUGGGGAGCCGGGCUGACUUGCAAGAGACAGUCUAGAACCUGGCCCAGUUCUGCCAGUUAACCUCUCAGCCACAGUCGCCUGACCUGACCAGUGGACAUAACUUCCUCCACUGGCCUGUCGUCAGGGUGAGUGGUGCUUCUGGCCCUGGGGGGCUUAGGGCCCUUCAGAAUGUCCCCUUUGUCUGCCCCCCCCCCGGGUGACCAUGGAGAGAUAAUGGAGGUCAGGGGGACAGCACAUGGGGCUGUGGCUCCCUGAUACCCAGGGCAGAGGCUGGGUCUGAGGGCUGUGCCCCAAAGGACACACCACUGGUGGGGUGAAGAGCAGGAAGCCAGCUUUUCUACUGCAAAGCUCCCAACCAUAAUGCCCUCUUCAGUUACCCUGCUUUGCCAGCUCUUACGUUUGUUGUCUCCUUCGCCCUUACUAAGCGACCCCCAAGUCGCAGAUCACCUUUGGCAAUCCAUCCAGUGUUAUCUCAGUGGGGGCAGCGUGGACGGGGCGUGUGGGGCUGUCCUGUGGGUGGCAGGGCACCUCACCUCUCUGGUCCCUGCUCGCCUCAUGUCAGGAGCACCCCCAGCAUCCACUAGAGUAGAUGUGUGGGAGGACAGGGAUUUCGUCCCUUCACUGCUCUCCCCCUGGUGCCCAGACCAGUGCCCGGCACGUACAAGUCACAUACUCAGGCAGCAUUUCCAAAUACUUCCAGAGGGUGCUACCACCCCAGUUGAGAACCCCUGUUCCAGUCACACCUUCACCAUCGCUGAUGUGUGCUGGUCUCCCUGGGUCUAAACACUUUCCAUGAUCGGAAAUGGAUGACUGCCAAGGGCAAUCCAUUCUGAGGUAGCUCAUUAUCCAAAACAGCCACCCCCGUUCCCUCUGGCACCUUGGUCCACUGGUUAACAUAUCAUGAAGUCCGACACCCAAGAAUGGAACAGAGUGCCCCCCCCAUGUGGCCUCAUCUGCAGAGGACAAUGGGCUCAUUGCCUCCCAGCCCUGAAGAGAUAAGAUAGUAUCUGAUGCUGCAGGACAGGGUGUGGCCAUCACAGGGAACCAGACCUUCAACAACUGGAACUGGCCCAACGCAAUGAUUUUUGCAGCCACGGUCAUUACCACCAUCGGCUAUGGCAACGUGGCCCCCAAGACCCCCGCCGGGCGCCUCUUCUGUGUCUUCUAUGGUCUCUUUGGGGUGCCGCUCUGUCUGACAUGGAUCAGUGCCCUGGGCAAGUUCUUCGGGGGACGUGCCAAGAGGCUGGGCCAGUUCCUCACCAAGAGAGGCGUGAGCCUGCGCAAGGCACAGAUCACGUGCACGGCCAUCUUCAUCCUGUGGGGCGUGCUGGUCCACCUGGUGAUCCCACCCUUCGUGUUCAUGGUGACAGAGGAGUGGGACUACAUCGAGGGCCUCUACUACUCCUUCAUCACCAUCUCCACCAUCGGUUUCGGCGACUUCGUGGCCGGUGUGAACCCCAGCGCCAACUACCACGCCCUGUACCGCUACUUCGUGGAGCUCUGGAUCUACCUGGGGCUGGCCUGGCUCUCCCUCUUUGUCAACUGGAAGGUGAGCAUGUUUGUGGAGGUGCACAAGGCCAUUAAGAAGCGGCGGCGGCGCCGGAAGGAGUCCUUCGAGAGCUCCCCACACUCCAGGAAGGCCCUGCAGGUGGCAGGGGGUGCGGCGUCCAAGGACGUCAACAUCUUCAGUUUUCUGUCGAAAAAGGAGGAGACUUACAAUGAUCUCAUCAAGCAGAUCGGGAAGAAGGCAAUGAAGACGGGCGGGGGUGGGGAGCGGGUCCCAGGGCCGGGCCUGGGGCCCCAGGGGGGUGGGCUGACAGCCCUGCCCACCUCCCUGACCCCCUUGGUGGUCUACUCCAAGAACCGUGUGCCCAGCCUGGAAGAGGUGUCCCAGACGCUGAGGAGCAAAGGCCACGUGUCUCGGCCACCAGGCGAGGAGGCCGGGGCGGGGCCCCCUGAGGAGGGCUCCCCGACCUCUGAGGUGCUCAUUAACCAGCUGGACCGCAUUAGCGAGGAGGGCGAGCCGUGGGACGCCCAGGACUACCACCCGCUCAUCUUCCAGAACGUCAGCAUCACCUUUGUGAACGAGGAGGCCGGCCUCUCGGACGAGGACACCUCCAAGUCCUCACUGGAGGACAACCUGGCUGGGGAGGAGAGGCCCCAGGAGGGGGCCACGGCCGAGGUGCCCCUGAACCUGGGCGAGUUCCCCUCGUCGGAUGAGUCCACCUUCACCAGCACUGAGUCAGAGCUCUCCGUGCCUUACGAACAGCUUAUGAACGAGUACAACAAGGCAAACUGCCCCAAAGGCACGUGAGGUGGGGCCGGCUCCCCACCCCACCUUCCAUGGCUUCUCUUCUCCUCAACCUGGGGUGUCCUGCUAUGGCUGGGACCCUGGCCCCUGGUGGGGUGUGGCCCUGGAACUGGGAGUAGGGGGCCAGGGGCCUUCCUCACCUUCAUCCCCUGCAGCUAGAUGCUACUGGUCAGACACGGUGCACCCAGGACAGGGCCUCUGUUCCUCAGCGGAACGGGCGCCCUGGCAGCGGGAGGCGUCUGUCCUGAGCAUGGUUGGGGGAUCUGGGGGUUCACGGACACGUGGGCUGGCAGGACUGAUCCCGGGGAGGCCUGCACCUGCGUGGGUCUUUGCCCAGUCAUUCGGUUAAGACUGUCUCACGGUUCUCUUAGGUUGGGGGCCUUGGCCGUUUGAGUUCACCAGUAUUAACAGGUUGCUGUGCGCCCAGCACUGAGCCAGGCAUUUCAGAGAGAGGGUGAGGGUGGUGUAAGACCCUGGUGGGGUUGGGGGCUGGGCACUUCAGCACCUCAGCAGUAGUGGGGCCCCGCCUGGGGCACGUGUUUAACCGUCCCCCAGUCCCACCUCAUCCGCCUGGCUGUCGCCCAUACUGCAGACCUCAGUAGGGAGGAGGCCAUCUGGGGAAGGGGAGCUAACAGGCAGGUGCUGAAACACUCCCGUUACGGGGGACUCAGAGUAAGUCCCAAGUGUGGCCCAGCAUCUCAGCCCUUGUGUUGACUUACUGGGAUGGAGCGCAGCCCAGAGUCCGGUUCCCUGUCCCAGACACCCUUUGGCCAAGCAAUGGCAGGCAUGGGCUUCUGCCUCCCAGGAAGUGGUGGCAGAAAGAGAGGCUGGGGCUCCUGGAGCUGGCAGCGGGGGAGCUGCAGGAGUGGGCUCAGCUCCGGCUGAACCUGCCUCCACCCUUCCGUCCCGUGACCUCACCGCUCCCCAGAUCACCCUUGGCUCACAAGUGGGGAAUGUCCAAAUAUGUGAAUCAGCCUCCUCCCUCCAGCUGCUGUUUGGUGUGUGUGUGUCUCUGUCCGUCUGUCUGUGUAAGAAAGAAAGGAUUUGCCAUGGGAGGAGCAAAAGAUAAUGUGAAACUGCAGACGGACUGUUUCUGGUGAGGGGCUGGCAGAGUUCUUGGGUUCUUCGUGAGGUGCACCCUCGGGCCAGCCCACUCUGCCCUGCAUGUUGUGUUUUGUUAGUUUUUAAAUGAAUUGCUGUUUUUUUUUUUUAUCUCGUUGGCUUCAGAGCCAGAGGGGAGAAAAGGUGCAAGAGUGGGGUCCCAAGGAUCGGGAUGUCCAAUGUUCACCCUCCUAUCCCCCAACCCGGUUGGGCCUUUCUCGGUGACCUCAGCUAAGGUCAUGGUGUCAGAGUUGGGGAGGGGCGUUGGUCGCAGGCGACCGGAUGCUGGGCAGGAGGUGCCACCCAGACACCCUCUCUGCCUCUCAACCCCCUCCCCAAUGCUGCAGGACGAAAGAGGGCCAGAACCCCACCCAUCCCCACUUAGCCUGUAACCCAGGGGUAUGAUGGCCCAGCAUCAGGGUGGGAAGGAGCGGCCUUCUGUUUUUCUGUGAAAUGUUUUAACGAGCUCGUCUUAGUUUUCCUGACCCCACUUGGCUGGGGUGUUGCUGGCUGUCCUGGAAUCACACACACUGUAUGUACAUACUGGCAAUGAUGUCAAAUGUAAUUUAUUUUAACAUUUUUACAAUAAAACAUGAGAUGGACAA